AUGCGCGGAAGAAUGGCGUGCAUAGCAGGCGGUGCCCCAGAUUCUAAAAUUAUUGUUACACCAUCGCGAACUCAGCCUCUAGAGCGCCCUAGUAUUUUAACCUUUGCUGACGGUGGAGCCCAAGACCGUCAGCAAAUCCUCAGCUCUCCCUCCCAUCACCGCCAUCUGAUCACGCUCUGCGGCGGACCUAACCGCAUUCUCUUGCUGGAAAAAUUCCGGUCCAUAUGUCAGACGCAGUAA